AUGUCCCGGCGCUGGUGCAGGCAGGUCCUGCUUGGCGUGGAAGUGGGUAUUGUUGUGGUGGCGCUUGUGGUCGGCACUGCGGGACAGAGCUACGAUGGGAGAGAAGCUGGGUCGUCCUGCUACGGAGGAUUUGACCUGUACUUUGUUUUAGACAAAUCUGGCAGUGUGCAACAUUACUGGAAUGAAAUUUAUUACUUUGUGGACAACCUGGCGUACAAGUUUAUCAGUCCUCAGCUACGGAUGUCUUUUAUCGUCUUUUCGACACAAGGACGAAUUCUCAUGGCGCUGACAGAAGACAGAGAGCAAAUACGAGCUGGCUUGGAGAAGCUCAGCAUGGUCCAGCCGGGUGGUGACACCUACAUGCACCUCGGUUUGUCCAAGGCCAGUGAGCAAAUUUACUACGGCACAGGGGACGGCUACCGCACGGCCAGCGUCAUAAUUGCUUUGACGGAUGGCGAAUUGAGGGAAAAUCAAUUCGACCUGGCUCAAAGAGAGGCGAGCAGAGCGCGGCAGUUGGGUGCCACCGUUUACUGCGUGGGAGUGAAGGACUUCAAUGAGACCCAGCUGUCAACCAUCGCCGACAGCGAGGACCACGUCUUCCCCGUGACGGACGGUUUUCACACGCUGCAUGUGAUCAUCGACUCGAUCCUGAAAAGGUCGUGCAUUGAGAUUCUGGCUGUCGAGCCCUCGAACAUCUGCGCAGGAGAAUCGUUCCAGGUGGUGAUCCGGGGAAACGGUUUCUUUCACGCCCGUGACGUUCAGAAAGUCCUCUGCAGCUUCCGCAUCAAUGACACGGUGACUUUGAUGGAAAGACCUCUGGUGGUGAGAGACACCUACCUGCUGUGCCCGGCUCCUGUUUUGGACAAAGAAGGAACGGCCGCCACGCUUCACGUCAGCAUGAACAACGGCCUGAGUUUCAUAUCCAGCUCCGUUACAAUUACCGCCGUCACUUGUUCGGAUGGCACCUUUGUGGCCAUCGCUCUCCUCAUCCUGCUGCUCCUGCUCAUCUUUCUUCUGCUCUGGUGGUUCUGGCCUCUGUGCUGCACUGUGGUCAUUCAUGAGUUACCCCCACCACCGACAGAAGAAGACUUUUCUGACGACGAGGACGAUUUUCACAAGAGAAGAUGGCCCACCGUGGAUGCCUCAUACUACGGAGGCCGAGGAGUCGGAGGCAUUAAAAGAAUGGAGGUCCGUUGGGGUGAUAAGGGCUCCACCGAGGAGGGCGCAAAGCUGGAAAAAGCCAAGAACGCUCGAGUUGUGAUACCCGAGGAGGAACCCGAGUCACCUCCAUCGCGGCCGCGCUACCACGUGAAAAGACCCGUUCACCCCCAGAAGUGGUAUUCUCCCAUCAAGGGCAAACUGGAUGCUCUCUGGGUUUUCCUGAGAAGAGGAUAUGACAGAGUGUCCGUCAUGCGACCUCAUCCUGGAGACAAGGGCAAGUGUAUCAACUUCACACGAAGCAAAUCCUACGCCGCCCCCCGCUACCCCAUCUACAAGCACCCCUCCGUGCAUAUCUAUACGCUGCCCUACAGCACCCAACGUCGCCCGUCUGCCGACUUGCCCCCCUCGCCCACCACCACCCUUCCCGCGCUGCCCCAGUCACCUCCGCCGCCCUCCUACACGCCCCCUCCCUGCAGAACUCCGUCCUCAGUCUGCGCGCCGCCCGCACCUCAGGGUUUGCCACCGUGUAGAGCCCCGCCUCCGUCCCGCCCGCCGCCACGCCCCAGCCACGAGGACUACUGA